AUGGCGAUGAACCGGAAGGACACACGGAAGAGCAGCAGCAGCAGCCGCCGAGUUCCGUUGGUGCAUCGAGCGGGAUGGGUUACGGUGGAACGGGACCUGGCCACACUGGACAUGCUCCAUACCGUCCCGGGGCGGCUGUACGAGCGGGUGAAGCGUCUGAUCGAGCUGCCACCGUACGAUGAGAUAGGUUGCUUUCCGGUCGACCCCCAGCACCACCACCGACCACCACCAGCGAGCGACGAGAAACACAAGAAGGACGAGAAGCGCGAGAAGCGAACCGACCAGGGAUCAGAAGAAGAGGAAGAAGAAGAAGAAGAGGAGGAGGAGGAUGAGCAAGAAGAGGGCGACGAAGCUGGUGGUGGUGGGUUGAUCGAGCCAACGGUGGAACCCCGGACGGUAGGCAGACAGGGGGUAGGGGUACCGGGUAGCGGGCAGGCGGCCGCAGCUGGUAGCAACUGGAUGGAGCAGUUCCUGCGCCGCACCAGCAACGAGAGGAUCCGGUGGCAGACCAAGUACUACUGCACCGACCGGAAGCUGCUCGAUAAGCCACUGUUCCAGCAGAUCGAGGAGCUGAUCGAUCUCGGGGCGCAGGAUUUCUCCGAGUGGCUGAACGGACUGGGGGCGGAGAAAUCCAACAUCACCAAGGACAUCAUCAAGCAGCUAUUUUCGAUCGAGAUCGAGGAGGAGAUCGCCCGGGCGAUACGGGUUGAGACGCGCGAGGUGCGCGCCAUCCCGACCGAGGCCGCCCGCCACUGGCAUCUCGAUCACAUGGCACUGGAGCGACGGAUCACGCAGGUGAUGCGAGCGGACCAGCGGGCGGCCCGCCGCACCCGCGAAAGGCACGUCGCGUUCGGGCGCACCCUGCCCCGGGAGCUGCGUACCGGGGCGCCAGACCGGGAUGCUGCCAUCACUGGCGGUACCGGUACCGGUGACGGCAGCAUCCUGCUACCGGACUUCCCGGACGAUCUGCGCACGCUGAAGGCCCUGUUCAAGGAUAUCCGCCAUCUGCGCUCCGUUCGCUACCUCAUCGAGCAUCUGGCGGACCGGACCGACAUCCAGCGGCCCCGGUACCUCGUCGAGCAGGGUCUGUUCCGGGCGCAUCAGCAACGCCAGCAACGGCAGCAACGGCAGCACCCCUCCGGUCACGGUCCAGGGCCGGUCGGCCAGACCGGUCAACCACCGUUCUAUCGGCUCGUCCUCUCCAACCGGAUGCUGCUCGAUAGCGUCAAGCGUCACUAA